AUGGCAACACAACACAAUAACUAUAAACGUCGAGGGCGGCCCAGUGUCUAUAAUCCUGAAGAUCAACAAGAAUCUCCUAGAGAUUCAGAAAACCUUGUGGAUGCGGCAACUCGCCCUAUAGAGGCUUUCACUAGUGGGCAAACCGCCAUGCAAGUACAAGUCCCACAUCUGACUGCUUUUGAUUGCUUCUGCAAACAGCAUCCUCCGUUGUUUGAUGGCAAGGGUACGAAAUUAGAUGCAGAUAAUUGGUUAGAGCACUUGGAGAAAAUUUUCAGUGUAAUCAGCUGUACUGAGGAACAAAAGGUAGAAAUUGCAGCAUAUAACUUGGCUGAUGUGGCCAAUGGGUGGUGGAAGGCCACUCGCGGAUUUAUUCAGCAGGAAUUGGGUGAAGCUACCCCUAUAUCAUGGAAUAAAUUUAAAGAGGCAUUUAAUGACUGGUUCUUUCCUGUAUCCAUUCGAGAGGCCAAGGCCCGAGAGUUUGCUGACUUGAAACAAGGGACAAUGACAGUGAGACAGUAUGCAUCAAAAUUUGUGGAGUUGUCAAGAUUUGCCCCACACUUGGUCCACACCGAGGCACUGAAGGCCGAGAAGUUUGAGCGAGGCCUAAACCCCAGAAUUAUGGACUCCCUUCUUGCAUUGAAAAUUAGAAAGUUCGCGGACUUGGAAGAUAGAGUAGUGAUACUUGAGGAGAAUUUACGAGUCCGGGCAGGGGAAUUCAAUCAAAGGAAGAGGCCAUUUUAUGCCAUGGAGCAAAAUAAGGGCAAGAGACCUAUGUACAGCCCGAUGCCCAAGCCAAUCCAAGUGGUCAAACCUCCCCAACGUGGUACAACAGCGCCUCACCCCGCAUGCCAAAACUAUGGCAAACGUCAUGCCGGGAAGUGCCUUAUGGGGACUAACAUCUGCUUUAAAUGUGGUAUUCUUCCCCUGUUUUCGCAUCGUGCUUUAGUACUAUUUGAUUCUGGUGCUACGCAUUCAUUCAUAUCCCGUAAAUAUGCAUGCCUGAGUGAGAGAGCACCUGAACCUCUUGAGCCAGUGAUGUCUGUUUCUUCACCUCUCGGGAAAUCCAUGAUUUGUCAGUUUGUGCUGAAGGGUUGUGCGAUAAAGAUACAAGAUUGA